GAUCGUGUCAAGAAUAAACACAUUAUCCAAUCAAGCCCUGAAAAUGACUUGGCAAACUAAAAGAGUGCUCUUACUGUGUUUAUGCUCUCUUGUGUUCACCCUGGUGGCAUGUGAUCAACCCCUCAACGACGGAGAUGUCAUCCAGAGCUUCCUAUCCACUGCCAGAGGCGAGGGCAUCAUCAGUGAGGACCAGUUGUCCUCUCUCCUGCAGCUUGCCAGAAAAGAGGGUGUGUCAACUCAAGCUACCUCCACUGAACCUACUCAACCUACUGUGUUUUGGAGGCUGUACAAUCAAUUCACUCUCCUAAAUGUGGUUUAUUUUAGUGGAGCAUUGCUCAUAAUGGGUGCGUACACGUUGUUCAUGACCCUGGCUUUUGAAAGAUUCAGCAAUGUUGGACUGAGUGUGAUAGUUGGCCUACAGGCUGGAGCGUUUGGAUCGAUAGGACUCAUGCUUUGGGGCUCGGAUGAGCUCCAAUUUGUGGGAGGACUAUUCUGCACGAUCAGCACAACCAUGGUGCCCUUCUUUGUGUACAACCUCCAACGAGCGUUGAAGGUGUGGCCUGGACGAGGCCGUGAUCCAGGAAGAUUUCAGGACUUCAAUGUAUGGGUCCGUCCCGGUUGGGUUGUCAUGGAGAUUGCUACCGUGGUUACUGGCCUUCUGUUUUUGGUCUAUGUGAGAUUUCCGUUUCUUUUGUUUCCAGUUUCGUUCUAUUUGUGGUUCCUGUCCAUGGACUUGGCUCCACUCUACCCUGGAUUUGAACAACUAGGCUCACGGACCUUUGAAAUCCGACGUCGAAUUUCACUAAUUUUUGGAAUCGGAAUGAUGUUAUCUGGAUAUGUGUUCGAGAGUACGUUGGGGUCGAACCCGGACAUGGGAUUCUGGUUGUAUCUAUUUGGAACUUUUCUAUUCUCCAUGACACUAAACUUUGGUUUCCCCAAGACUGAUUUAAACGGCUCGCUUUUCCUUCUAGUCCAAAUCACUCUCAUCCUCAUGGGUAGUUAUCUUAAUCGAACAACUUUGCACGUCUUUGGUACAAUUGGUGUGAUGGAGUACCUCGGUGGAUUGAGCAGUGGCUACAUCAAGAUGUCCCCUUCCACUGUUCUAUGGAUCCUCAAGGUUGCGUCUGCAGCUGCGCUUUUCUCACAGUCGCUAAGGAGAGAGGGAAACUUGGAGAUAUUAGGUGGUCUAGUAUGUGCAUUGGCUUUCAAUUUUAACUACAUUGGAUUUGUGGCCUCAGGAGAACUCUACUCUAUCCUACUGCUAGUUGGUAACCUUGGUUUAGUGAGUACAGCUGCUGCCUUCACACAGCCACUGAAUCUCUGGCUCUUCUCGCUACCACAUGCUGGCGUUGUCAUUAGCAUUGUCUGCUCAUUGUUAGUGGCUACUUAUCAUCUUCAACUACCAGUCAAAUAUCUCUCCAAUCCUCCAGCCUCUAUGGCUGCUUAUCUAUACAAUUUAUACCGUUUGGUUGCUUCCAUUCUCAUUUCGUUUGUUUUUGUCUACCUUCGUCAGCCACACUUUGCGUGGGUUGGUGGUCUCGGAAUUCCCCUAAUAGCAAUCAACUUCUCCCCCGUGUUGAGACGCUUUAUUGCUAGUGGACAUACGAACUCACAUACCCUGCGAUUAUACAAAGGCAUCAAAUCUGUUGUGUUCAGUUGCGUCACAUUUACUCUCUUGUUAUUCGGAGUAGCUUUCUCUAUAUACCUUCAAUCCAAUUUCCUCUACCUCAUAUGCUGUGUGUUCACGUUCAUAUCAGUCAUGUGCCUACUUGAAGAAUGGAAGAUCCUCGGCUGUGUGUUCUCCGUCCUGCUGAUUCUUAUUUCAGUUCCCCUCCAGUCCUCGUUCCUAAUCACCAUUGGCUCAAUUUACAUAUUUUCAUAUCUCAGCUAUUUGGCUUACGACUAUUUCAAAAAUUCUCUUCUCUUUCCCCUGGCACUAAUCACCCUGGGACUGGUUAUGAUUUAUUGUGCAAUUCAGUAUCAGAAAUACGAGCACCAAAUUCAUGACGUAUUCUACUCUUUUCUACCACAGACUCUGUCUUUAUUGCUCUCACAAAAUUUUGCAUCAAGUUGGAAAGAAGAUGGGCCUUUCGAUUGGUUCGUUCAGAUACAACUAACUACAUUUUCGAUGCAUUCAUUUUUCUCUUCGCCUCAAAAUUGGAUUUUGUGGCCUGGGGCAUUGACCUUUGCACUCACAAACGGCCCCCUCCCGUACGUGACAGCUGGCUGUGGUGUGGCGAUUGUCGUGCUUAUUUUGUCAGCUGUUGUUUUGUCAUAUCGAGAGAGCAUGGUCAAAAAUCUGGACAGCCGUAUUGAGGUGUCCAAUAUCAAGUUCUCUCUGAGUCAAGACCCGGCCCAUGAGAAACACGGUCUGGUGAUACAGGUCAAAGGUCGUAAACCUAAAGAAUUGAGCGAGCCCGUCCAUCUGUCCCUGAAUGUGGAGGGGGGUGGUUUCUGGGGAGUGGCCAGCAGAGUAUUUGGAGAGUUCCCAGUCAGUUUAGCUAGGUCAAUGAUCCUGCCCUACAAACUUACUCCUCACCUCAUAUCCCUCACUGGGUUUCAGGAUGGCAGGACCGACUUCUCUGCCGAGAUACUCCUGGGUACAGGUCACAAGGGCUCGAAGAGGAUGAAGCACACCACAGCACAGAGUGCACUCCAGAGGCUCACCUCCCACAGAGAUCAGGUUGAGAUGACGUGUGUGAUUCUCUAUUCCAACUCCUGGUACCACCCGUGAAGCAAGCUUUGCGUCAAGUCCAUUCAGUUGAGGGACGUCAAGAGACAGCUGUCUGGUGAAGACACAACUGACACACAAUCAAAUGAUGACAGACAAUCAAAUGAUGGUGCUGCCAGAAAGAAAACGACAAAGAAAACGACAAAGAAAAGAGAGACAAAAGUAUAACUAGCUGAAAUACAAUUUAUAGCGUGUGUAGUCAGUCAAUCAUUGCUGUGCGAGUGUCCCUACCUUUAGUUGAGUGUUUAUAAUUAUGAUUCACCCCAUAGAAUUUGUGGUGUUUGAUUCUGUAUGGUUUCUGUUUCCACUAGGCACCUCUGUGUUCCUGCCACUACAUACGAUCUAUCUAGCGUGUGCUAUAAUACUCAAUGACCACUAUUUGACAACUUUAUAA